AGACCCCAGCAUCUCAGGAACCUGCCCAGGACCCUCCAGCCAGUGAGACCAGGACUUCCAGAGCCCCAGCCUCCCUGCUCCCAGACCAGAGUGGGUGCUGCAGGCCGGAAAGAGCCCUGGGGGUGGGGCCUGCCCUGGGAAACCUGGUGUCCCCAUGCCCGCACCUGGGCUGCAUCCCACAGUCUCCCACAUCACCUGACACAAGAGCCAGUUUCCAAACUCUGGCUGGACACAGUGCUGGAGGGGGCGGGAAGGGGCAGAGGGCAUCCUUGAGCAGGGAGCCAUUUGUCCUUUGGGUGGGGUGGGCACGAAACUGGUCCAAAGAGGUGGCGGCCACUUGUCCCCGGGCUUCCCGAUCAGGGAGCUGGGCAGGUGGGGUGUGGGACAGGACAGAGACAUUUGGAGCCAGGAUGCUGUGGGGCUGGCCAAGGGGCCUGGCAUGAAGCUAUGUCCGCCAGAAUGAGUUCUGGAAGGCAUGGUCUGGAGCCUUGGGGCAGGAGGGGCAACCCAUGGGCAGUGACAGGUGACGGGGAGAAGGAUGCGCCUCCCACCCCCACCCCCACCGUACCGCAGCCCGGAGGUGGGGAGGGACCUUGUGGCCAGGGCAGCGCCCCCUGCCCCCAGGCAGGGGCAGGCUUUCCAGAUAGGGUUCCCCGCCUUGGCACUGAGAGCUGAACUCUGGCUGCCCGCCCACCCCAACUCCCUUCUCCUUGUGUCCACGUCCAAGUGUGGACUAACUGUGCCAUUUUACAAACAAAGAGUGCCCCUUCCAGCCGGGAAGGUUUGCCCCGCCUUCUUGGCCCCAGAAUUCCUUGGUGUCCACAAGAGCCCCAGGCCUGGGGCCUCCACAGAGGCAGAGCACUGUGUCACCGCACCCCCCCCACACACCGCCAGGAGGUGCCCAGGGCCUUCGGAGGUGGUGGUGAGCGACUUGGGGGCUGGGAGAGGGCAACGUGUGAAGGCUGCAGCCCAGAAAGGCCCGUGUUCCCAGGACUGCCCCACACUCCGGAGCAGCCAAGCAGUGCCAGAGGGCCCUCGCUCUCAGGGAAGGAGUGUCCCAUGGCUGCGCCUGUCUCCCCUUGUGGCUCUUGGGGAGCAUCAGCCCCGUGGGACCCCAGGAGGGCAAGGAACAGGUGGCAUUCUACAGGCAGCUGAGCGAGGCCUGGGCAAGGUUGGAGAGGAGGGGGAGAUGAGCCCCCGUCCCCCUUUGCCCCCAGACUCCCCUGGCUGCAGCCCGGAGACGCUCUCCCAGCCACUGCAGGAGGAGGAGCCGUCCGGCCUGGAUCUCCAAGAUGGGGAGGAGGUCCAGAUCGGCAGAGACACCUGCUGGCCAGACUCGGAGGCAGAGCCGGAGCAGGCCCCGUCGUCCCCCCACCCCCACCACGCUGAAGCCGGGGCGGAACAGGCCGGGGAGGCACUGAGGACCCUUUCCCAUAGACCCCGGUGUGGGGGCCGCUUUGGGCAGGAGUCCGGCUUGGAGCGGCCUGCGGGCCAGCCGCCGGGGACCGUGCCCUGCUCCCAGAAGAAGGGCCCGUGGCGCGUGACGCUGCUGUCGCAGGGAGCCCCUGGGGCGGCGGGGGAGCCCGAGCGGCCCGGCGAUCUGGAGGGCGGCCGGGGGUCGGGGCCCGGGGGCCGGCAGGGCGGCCCGCGGGGCGGGAAGCCGCACCGCUGCGAGGCCUGCGGCAAGAGCUUCAAGUACCGGUCGCUGCUGCUCAAGCACCAGCGCAUCCACACGGGCGAGAAGCCGUACGCGUGCCACGAGUGCGGGAAGCGCUUCCGCGGCUGGUCGGGCUUCAUCCAGCACCACCGCAUCCACACGGGCGAGAAGCCGUACGAGUGCGGCCAGUGCGGCCGCGCCUUCAGCCACAGCUCGCACUUCACGCAGCACCUGCGCAUCCACAACGGCGAGAAGCCCUACAAGUGCGGCGAGUGCGGCCAGGCCUUCAGCCAGAGCUCCAACCUGGUGCGGCACCAGCGGCUGCACACGGGCGAGAAGCCGUACGCCUGCAGCCAGUGCGGCAAGGCCUUCAUCUGGAGCUCGGUGCUCAUAGAGCACCAGCGCAUCCACACCGGCGAGAAGCCCUACGAGUGCGCCGAGUGCGGCAAGGCCUUCCGCGGCCGCUCCCACUUCUUCCGCCACCUGCGGACCCACACGGGCGAGAAGCCCUUCGCCUGCGGCGCCUGCGGCAAGGCCUUCGGCCAGAGCUCGCAGCUCAUCCAGCACCAGAGGGUGCACUACCGGGAGUAGCGGGCGGGCGGCCACGGCGGCAGGGGCCCGGGUGCGGGGAGGUUGCAGAGAGAGGACUCCCGCUGCCCCCUCUUCCCGAGCCGCGUAGCUAUCCCCCCACGCCCAGCGGCCCAAAUAAAUUCUUUUUAACUGAUGGAAA